GGAAAUUGGAAUUUGUCUGAAAGUGGAAGACGUGAGUUUUCCAAUGUAAAAGUUCACUCGAGGAUGAUGUUGUUCAACACAUCAUGAUUUUCAAGGAUUUGGAAUCUGAAGAAAAGGAACCAUUUACUCUUGGUCCAGAAAUUUAUCAAAAAAUCAAUUCUUUGUGAGUGAAGCAGAUUGAAGAACAUCAAGAGACAAGGAUUAUAGGUCGCUCAACAAGCCUUUACGAAAAUAAAAAAAAGCAUCUUCCGGGCUAACAUGUCUUUAGUGGCCUACAUACCAUCUCCGUUUCAAAUAACAAAGGUCAUAGGACAGUCGGAAAAGUCAGAUGCAGCUGCUCUUCAGGCCAAAACCUUAGCUGGCAUUUAUCGUGCCAAAGUCAUAGAAGCCUAUAAGAAUCGUCGAAUAUUUACAAUCUAUGGAAAUUACAAUACGAUACGACGAGCCCUGCUAAAAAGAGGCUGGUUGGAAAGGCUCACACCAAAUCGUUAUGCCAAAUUGCAAAAUUUGCCCCUGGACAUCCUUUUGCAGCAUGCCAAACGCGGCAAUGAAUACGAGACGGUGGCCAUUAGUAAAAUAAUCAAUCAUUUUCCGCCAUUUUUUGUAUGGCAACCAAAGGCUCAAAGAGAUUUGUAUGGAGAUGUGAAACCCUAUCGCAAUCGAGUCCGACGUGGCCAGGGAUUUGAUUUUUCCACCAAAGUGGGACUAAUUAGUUGUGCAGAGCAAGCAAAGCUGUGGUAUGGCCAAGAAGGUGGGGUUGGCAUGUUGUAUCCCCGCUUCUUUCGUCUGGGCGAUAAUGAAGAGGAACAAAUGGAAUUUGUUAAAGAUUUUCAACUAACUCAGUGCCGAAGUUUUCUGAGAUAUCUGAUUAAAAACAAAGAUGAUCCAGAACUGAUUAUUGACUUUGAGAAUGGUGUCAUUUCCCCCCAAACGGUUAACUUUGCUCUGGAGCAGAUACAAUGUCAUAUUGAUGAAUGUGAAAAUGUUGAUGGGUUAAGCCAAGCAGAUAAACCACCAAGCGAGAAGGAUUGGCAAGACUUCUUGACAAACUCUAAUCAAGUAAUUAAUAACGCAAAGCAAAUCAAGUGGAACUAUCGCGAGCUAAUGACAUGUGUGCGCACAGCGGAUGUUAUGUUGAGAUCUAUUGAAGAUAAACAUCCAGAUUAUAAAUGGGAUGGAAUGAAAAAUUUAUGGAUUUUGAAACCAGGCUAUCAAAGUCGAGGCUUGGGUAUCGUAAUACGCAAUAAUUUGGAGGACAUACUGCGUUGGGCUGCAAGCCAUCUGAAUCGCCGUUAUAUAGUACAAAAAUACAUUGAACAACCUUUACUCAUCUACAAUACCAAAUUCGAUAUAAGACAAUACAUGUUGCUGGUCAUACGAGACUCGAAAAUAGAGAUAUGGCUUUAUCGCGACUGUUAUCUGCGCUUCAGCUCCCAAGAGUAUUGCAUUGAUGAUCUACGAGAAUCCGUACAUUUAACUAACAAUUCCGUGCAAAAGAAAUACAAAAAUAAAACCUCAAGAGACCCACGAUUACCCAAGAAUAACAUGUGGUGUUUGGAGCAAUUUAAGGUCUAUUUAAAAGGACAAAAUAAACCCGAGGAAGUUUGGGAGAGUAAAGUGUAUGCAGGGUUCCGGGAAAACCUUAUAGCUGUGGUCCUGGCAAGUUUGGAUGAGACCAAUCUGUGUGAAAAUUGUUUCGAAUUGUAUGGCUGUGAUUUUAUGCUCGACAAUGAAUGCACUCCCAUUUUGAUAGAAAUAAACUCGACACCAGAUUUGUCGGCCUCGACGGAAGUAACAGCACGAAUUUGUCCCAUGGUUAUGGAGGAUUGUAUAAAAGUUGUGGUAGACUUGUCACGCAAUAAGAGAGCUUCGACGGGACACUUUCAGAAAGUUUACGAAAUAAGCUAUAACUUUAAACAGGCAGAAGACACAAGUGAGGCAUUCAAUGUUCAGGGGAAAGCCAUGGAACUGCACUCAAGAGCUAAAGUGCCAUGUAAACUGAACAUUUUUAAAAGGGGAAAGAAAGUUUGUACUCCUUCCAAGUCACCAAGCAAAGAGCCACCCAAACAAAAGCCCGCAUCCUUGCCCAUCCAGAGUAGAAAAUCGAACAUAAAUAUAUCCAAUAAUGUGAGAAAUGCAUUACAUUCAAACGCCAAAGAAGCAUUAGCCUUGCGAUAUACAAUGCCCAAAUAAG